AUGACCAACCGGGAUCACUACACUGCCGGAUCCAUGCGAGUCAACGAGCAAGGCUACGAGGGGGUCUCCCAGGCUCCCCUGCCUCGACCGGCAGGGGUGCCUGGGGUCCCUCGUCCGCCCCAGGCCCAUCCUGGUGUCGGCCCUGGCCCACGGGCGAUGCCUCCACAGGGCGUUCCCGUCGCCGGCCCGCAUGCCCACCACCCUCAAGCAACUGGGCGAGGGGCCGCCGCCAGUGCUGCUGCUGCUGCUGCUGCUGCUGCUGCUGCCGGCGCGGCAAGGGUGCCAGCCGCGACGCCCGGCCCGCGCGUCCGGCCUCUCCACGAGACGUGCGACCUGCGCGAGCAGUUCCUCACUCCGGAGGACCUGCGGGACUCGUUCACGCAGUACAUCGUUUUCCGGUUCGAGAAGAUACCCGACGAGGACCGGUACGACGCCGACGGGCAGGCGCGGGAGGAGGGGUCGACGUGGCUGUACGCGCGGCGGACGCGGGUGUGCGACCGCGAGCAGAGGGACAUACUCGGCGAGAUCCGCGACAUCGCCCGGUCCUCGACCGAGCCCUUCGCCGCGCGGCGCAAGGCCCUGAGCAACGAACAGCGCCGUCAGGUUGAAAACACGCUCGAGGAGCUGCUGCAGGACGAGCCCGACCCGGCCCGGUUCGAGACGACGCUGGUGCAGCUGGACGAGAAGUUCGAGACCCUGACGGACAAGGAGCGCCGGGAGUAUGACCGGAGGCGCGGGCGCAGGUCCGAGACAUACCGCACGACCAGCAGCGGCGCCCAGGUCAAGCGCAAGAAGAAGAAGCGCGUGGCCAUUACGGCGUACUACAAGCGGUCGCCGAAGCCCGACGUCGACAUCGGGCAGCUGAUCAAGGAGAGGCAGGCGGAGCUGCUGGCGCAGACGCCGGGAGGGGCGCAAUUGCCUCCCGUUCACCAGCAACGACAGCGCCAGCAGCAGCAGCAGCAGCAGGACGCCCACGGCUUUCCUACUGCUACUGCGCCGCCGCAGCCGCGCGUGUACAAUGGCCAGGGUGAGGGUUAUGCUACCACCCAGGCGAACGCGGCGCCGCGAGCACCCCCGAUGCCUCCGCCAUACGCUGGAGCUCCAGGAUACCCUGGGCAGCAGCAGCAGCAACCUCCCCAUGGACAACUGCCGCCGCGCCCAGUAGUUGGCGCCCAAUCCGCACACCCUGCGAACGCUCAACAUGGCGCUCCUGGCGGUGGUGUCAAUGCUGCUGCGGUUAAUUCUGGCGGUGUCCACAGCUACCCCCCUCCUCAUGUCCCACCGCCGCCUGUCCAGCGAGGCCAUCCACAGGGUGCGACACAUGCCGGCAACGCGGCGCCCCAGGCCGCCCACGGCGGUGGCGGCGGCGGCGGCGGCGAUAACAGGAGGCGCAGCACGAGCCGGCACCACUCCCAGCCACACGACCGCCACCGGCGGCCGCAGGGGUACCGCGGACACGCGGAGCGGGACGACUUGUCAUCCAGCGUGGACUCGGCCAGCGAGUGCGGGUCCGUCUACAGCGAGAGUACGGACGAGGACCAGAGCACCGAGUGCACGAGCGACGACCAGGCGUCCAUGAUCUCGUCGGACCGCCCGAGCCCCAAGCGCCGGCACCAGCGGCACGAGUCGUCGCACCAGGUGCGGCGCAGGAGGCCAUCGCUGCACCAGGUGUAUGACCGCCGCCCGUACCGCAGCGGCGGGCACGGCGGCCGCAGGUACAGCACUGGCGGGCAGACGGCGGCGGGAGGAGGAUCGGGCGUCGGCUACGGUUACGUGCAGCCAUCAGCGCCGCCGCCGCCGCUGAUCUUCAACGCGCAGCAGCCGGUGCAGCCGACCUUUGUGCCGAGCGGCGGCGCCGUCCCGGUAACGGUGGUACAAACGCCGACGACGGCCGCGCACCCGCAACAGCAGCCCAUGGACCCUGCGGGGUCGUCGCUCGAGCUGGCCAACGAGCAGAUACGGGACGCGUUCGACAUCGUCUACAUCAAGGGCCUCGCAGAGGGGCGCCGGCAGCAGGCGGCGUCCGAGACCAUGUACGUGGCGGCCUCGGCGGCGGCGCGCCAGCAGCCGCGGGCCUACCACCCGCGCCACCCGCCGUCCCCGGCAAGCACAUCGGCGGGCCUGGGCGGUGCGCGGUACGCCGACGCGGCCGAGGUGGACGGCGAGAGGAGGCGGGUGGACCGGCUGGAGCAGAUUGUGAAGAACUUGAAGAUUGACACCCACGACCCCGACCGCGACAUGCGCCGGGACCGCGAGGACGGCGACGAGCGCAGGUACGGAGAGGGGACCCGCUACCACUGGAGUGGCGGCGGCCGUCGCGACGGCUACGGCGGCGGCGGCGCCAGUCCGCGGUACGGCAUCUACGAACAGGAUCGGGAUGACGCGAGGCGGCACCGGGAGCUGCGACGCGGGGGUGGUGACGUGGACGGCCGUGAGCGCGAGCGCGAGCGAGAGCGCUUCGACAGGAGGCCGUCGCCGCACGGGCAGCCGUGGCCGACGAGCCCGGACCGGCGCGAAGGCUUCAUGUACGGGGUAGGCCGCGACUCCUGGGCUGACCUUGGCGGGGGGUCUGGUCACGGGGCGGGUUACUCGCCUGGGAUGCGCAGGCGAGGAGACAGGGGUUACUAUCCUGGUUGA